AUGGCAAAACAACUCACCCUUCCCGAUGGUCGAAACCUCGAUUACAGCAUCACCGGAGCCAGAGAGGGCUUUCCUCUCAUAUGGUGUCACGGUACUCCUAGUGGCUAUAUUCCUAUACCAGCCCUGGCUCGAAGCUGUGAGAAGAAAGGCCUCAAAUUGGUCACUUUCUCUCGGUCCGGUUACGGUGGAUCAUCUAGGCGGAAAGGCAGGAACAUCGUGGACGAUGUUGAUGACGUGCGAGCGCUCUCGAAGCACCUUGGUCAUGACAAGUUUGUCGUCGGCGGAUGGAGCGGCGGCGGCCCACACUCUUUAGCCUGCGCGGCGAAGCUUGAAGGCUGCGUAGCUUCAAUCGUGAUCGCUGGUGUAGCUCCCUACAACGUUGAAGGAUUAGACUGGCUUGCAGGCCAAGGUCAAGAUAAUAUCGAUGAGUAUGCAGCCUCUAUGAAGGGCGAAUAUGCACUCAGAGAGUACUGUGAUGCGCAAAGACCAGGCCUUAUAAGCUCUACAGCAGCGGGCAUUAUCGAGCAAUUGUCCGCAAUCUUGCCAGAGGUCGAUAAGCGAGCAUUGCGUGAGUCUGCUGAACUUGGAUCAUACAUGGAGCAAACCAUGCGCGAGGGCCUCAAGUCUUCUUGUGACGGCUGGAUCGACGACGACUUUGCGUUUCUUGCGCCUUGGGGUUUCGACGUGGCGGAUAUCAAGGUUCCAGUCUUCUUAUAUCAGGGCAGCGAAGACUUGAUGGUUCCAUUCGCACAUGGACAGUGGUUGGGCUCACAUAUCAAUCAGAAGUAUUUAACCAACCACCUCGAACAGGGCGAAGGGCACAUAUCCAUCUUCUUAGGCAGGGUCGACACCAUGCUGGAUGAGAUCAAGGCCGUUAUUGAUGACAAAGCACAAUAG